UUUGCUCCACCAUUCCUUGGUUUUGGCUCAGCAGCUCACUUGCUCUCCUGCAGAAACUCCUGCUCAACGCUACCACUUUGUGCCUCAGAGACCCGCCGUCAUCGGAAUUAUGGCUAUCUUGGCAGUUCAGCCUUCUACUCCACAUCUCUUAGUUAACCGGAAAAACUCCUACGCAAUCUCGCAAACGAUCAGUCCAGUCGAAGAUUGCGAUAUACUCUCGCCCAUAGUCGACAGCAUACCAUGUAUACACGAGAACAAGGAGAAUCUGGAGCUGGCGAGUUACGAGGAGCGUCUGGUGGACGCCUUCUGCAGCGGCACCCUGGACGCCGAGGUGCCGUGCGUCAUCGAUGACAUCCUCGCGCUCGUCCAGCGCCUCAAUCUCACGCACGACGGCAGCGACGCGCGCGAAACGAGCACUACCAGUGACGCUGAAUCGGCCGUCUCUGUCGCUCGGCGAGCUCCCCUGGACGACAUCUCGUGGCUCCACAACGACGACGGCGACCAGGUCCAAGCAGCUCCAAGGAAGGGCUCCGACAAAAGCCACCCCAAAUCGAAGCAAGCCCCGAGAAAGCCCUCCUCCGUGGCCACUCGCCUGAGCGAGGAGAGCCGGGGAGGCAGCUCAGUCCCGUCGCGCGCUGCUGAACGAGGCUCCCACGUGGCCGCGCGACGAGGACGAAGCUGCGCCGCUCCCGCAUCCGCCUUCCGCUGACGCUGACCUCCGCACCACCUCCGCUGGCAAGCUGACUGCACGGCAGCAGUGGACAGUUCCUCCCCCCGGAACUGAGCUCGCAUCGCACUCACGCUGUAGUGGGACUUAGCCGUAGCACAGAUAGGCAUCUAACUUGUUCAUAACUCUGCAGGUGUUUGGUCAUUCCAACAACGGGACAUAUUGUCCUGCUAGCAGUGGAAGUGGACACUUGCUUUUAAUAUCGAACGGGCUCACCACCACACCCUGCCAGCA